CACGUGAUGUCAAUAGCUGAUACCACGGACGUAUAUAAGUUCGUGCAGAUACAACUAAAAUUUGGCAGAUGUGUUGAGAUAAACGAACGACGAAAGUUUAAAAAGUUAACAGAGUGGAGGAAGAAAAAAAAAACCAAACCAAAAGAUAAAAUCUAUGCGCAGGUAGACCAUAUAAGUCAAAGAGAUAACCAGACUGAGCUUCCAGCAGUGGUGCACUACUACUAGCAGACUGAAGAAAUGGGAAUUGUAUCUCGUUUGGUACAAGCUUCAUUCUGCUACUACAACUGAUCUCAACAGUUUUCUCAACCUUACAAUGCAUGGAUCAAAAUGGAAAUGCUGUUGAUUGGUUUCUUGUGUACAAACUGCCAAAGAUUCGACAUAGGACUGGCACACUCUUCGGUGAUGGUCUCGAGUUUUUUUACAUGGACAGCAACCACCCUAAAUGGCUGUUAUCUCCAGUCCCCAUUAAUGAAUCUGACCAGGCAAUCGCUUACACACUAAAUCAGAUUUAUCAAGAUAAGAGCUCUGAAGUCAAUUACUUUAUGUACAAUGAUGAGAAACCUUCAGGCAGUGUCAGUCUGAAUCAUGGACACACGAAAGGAACGCUUGGCUUUGACACCCAGUCAGGGUUCUGGCUUAUUCACAGUGCUCCAGGUUUCCCUCCUGAGAAGGGUGAAGGUUAUCAGUGGGCUGAAAAUGCUUCAGAUUUUGGACAAAGUUUUCUCUGUGUGACUUUUCUGUACUCAACUUUAGGAGUGCUGGGAAAACAGCUGGUGAUCAACUAUCCUCAGGUUUAUGACAAAUAUUUGUCAAAAGAUGUUAUGUCUGAUUACCAAAUUCUGUCUGAUGUUGGAACCAGACCUUCAGAGCAAUUUCCCGUCUCCAAUGUUGAACAUUUUUCAACUAAAGAUGGAGUGCCAUUGACCAGUUUUGCUAAAUUCACCACAUUUGGUGCAGGAAAGUACUACUUGCAAUCUUUACGCUGGCUAGUAGCCCCUACUCUCAAGGAACAACUUCUGGUGGAGACAUGGAGAAACGGGCCACAACAUGAUUGGUUGCCUACAAACUGUUCUGGACCAUAUAAGGUAUACAACAUAGUCCAGGUAGAUCUACCAGGCAACUUAGUCUUUAACGUACAUAAAGAUCAUUCGAAGUAUGCAAUAUCAUUUCCCGCUAACUCUAACUGGGUUUGUGUUGGUGACAUCAACAGAGAGACAACUCAGUUCAAGAGGGGUGGUGGAACCUUGUGUUUUCAACAUCCUGAUGUCUGGCAGUCUUUCAUGAAUAUUGUCACGUUUUUUGAACCCUGCCAACUGAGUAAAAUGUGCAAAAGCUAAAUUGAGUGGAAUAAAGAAUGGUGUUCAAAUAGGUCUGCACCUUGGCACUGGAAUUAUGUUUCAGAUUCUUGCUUUUAUUAUUGCUGUUGCAAUUGUUUAAUUGCUGAUAGAGAUGUUUGCCAUAACCAUGUGCUUAUACUUGAUGAUGACUCCCACUCCCCCAUCCCCAAUAACUCAUAAAACUUUUGAA